GAAGAUGAACAGUCGAUACCGUCUUGAAGCUGUUUGUUGUUGUUUUUGUUGGUGGUGGUGGUGGUAUUUUAAAAAAAAAGAUAGUAGAGCCAAAUUAGAGGUUAUUUGUCUCUUUUAUCGACAAAUUUCAUAAUUUGACAGUUGUUACACACGUUGGCUUCUAUUAGACUCUUUGCUUCUAUUAGUCUUCAGUGUCUCUGGUGUUAUCGUGUUAUUUAUCAUCAGUCGACUACCGGAAGUAAUGUUGCCGUUAGCUGUUUACAUUGCUGGGUCUCUGCUGCUUUGUGGAUUGCACAACUCCUAGACAUCUAAAACCGAAAGUAGAUAAGGACACUCUUAAGAAGUUGCGCUAAUAGUAUUAUUGGUACUAUAACUAUUAGUCUGUGUUUUCCAAAUUUGGUGAAGCUUUUUAAUACUCUCUGGAGAUUGUAGACUAUGUCUGGUCUUCUGAAAUGGUUUAGAACAAGAAGUGUAUUGUCUCCGCUUCUCAGCACGUCGGCAAACUGCCACAGAAACAGGCUUCUCGUAGGUUGUCGCAUAGAUCUACGUAGAUCUAGAUCUAGAUCUAGUAGUAGUAAUAUAGAUCUAGAAAACCUAGUACGAGUGGAUGGUAGAUCAACUGUGACUAUGGCCGCUAAUCGGAGGAAUGAGGAAAGUCCCUGUUGUGACUUCAUGAUUGUUGGUCUUGGCAACUAUUGUUGGCCCAACACACGGCACAGUGUGGGGAUGGCUGCCGUUGACCGUCUGGCCUCCUAUCUGUGUGGACAAUGGGAUCCUGGGACUGGAACAUACGGAGGGUCAGUUUGUCAGGCUGUGGUAAGGAAAGAUGAUGCCGUGGUGGUCAGACUGCUGCUGUUCAAACCUAAGGCGUUGAUGAACGUCAAUGGGAGAAGUGUGGCUAGAACAGCGCGAACAUUGGGCGUCGCCCCUGAUAGGAUAUACUUGGUACAUGAUGAGCUGGAUAGAGCUCCAGGGAAAUUUCACCUCAAGGAAAACGGCAGUGCAGGGGGUCACAAGGGUGUGCUGUCCUGCAUGAAAUGCCUCCAGUCUAACGCAAUGCCAAGGUUACGUAUCGGCAUCGGUCGUCCGUCCAGCAAGUCUCUGGUGGUCCCAUACGUGACUGGCACGUUCCCCAGUGAUCACCUCCCCUUGGUGGAGCGGGCUAUGGACCUGGGUCUACAGGAUCUGUUGGGUCAUGUGAUGGGUCGGGUCUAGUGAAGGGUGG